AUGGACAGUGAAAAAAGGCAAGUAGAUCAAAUAUCCAACUACUCUGCAAAAGAGGAAACAAAGAUUGAGAACCUGGCGGAUGAGCAUGACCAUGAAAUCAGAAGUGCUAGCUCUCUGGAAAGCCAAGAAUCUGAAAAGCCUGUUCUCAAGAGAUCCCUCAAAGCUCGUCAUUUAGCCAUGAUUUCUUUGGGUGGUGUUAUCGGCCAAGGUCUCUUCUUAUCUGCUGGCGGUAACUUGAAUAGAGCAGGUCCUGCUGGAGCUUUGAUUGCCUAUGCGAUCAUUGGCUUCAUCGUUUUCUGGGUCACAUUCUCCUUGGGUGAGAUGGCAACGUAUAUUCCCGUAUCCGGGUCGUUUACAGUGUUCUGUAGAAGAUUUGUGGACAAAUCUUUUGGCACUACUAUCGGCUAUAACUAUUUCAUGUGCUGGAGUAUUAUUGUUGCUGCUGAAUUGGUUGCCCUGCCGUUGGUAAUGUCAUUUUGGACAGACGUUGUGCCGGAUUGGGCCUGGUCUGGUAUCUUCCUCGUUAUCAUUUAUAUUCUAAAUAUGUUUGGUGCUCGCAGUUACGGUGAGGCUGAGUACUGGUUUAGUGCCAUCAAAAUCAUAGCUGUUCUCGUCUUUAUUAUUGUUGGCUGUAUCACAUCUGGUGGUUUGAUUGGCCAAGAUAAUCCCCACGAAGUUUACGGUUUCAAGUAUUGGAGCAAUCCUGGAGCCUUUUCAAAUGGCGCCCUGGGUGUGGUAAAUGCCUUUGUGUUGGCUUCGUUUUCAAUGCAAGGUACAGAAAUUGUUGGUAUCACAGCUGGUGAGUGUGAGAAUCCUCUCAAGCAAGUGCCCCGUGCCAUCAAAAAUGUCUUUUGGCGUAUCAUCAUUUUUUAUCUCGGAUCAGUAUUUGUUAUGGGAAUGCUUAUUCCUUAUGAUGAUCCACGUAAUCUCAAUGCUGGAAGCGGUGUAACAGUGAGCCCCUUCACCAUUGUAUUCGAAAAGGCAGGCCUUAGUAGUGUUGCUCACAUCAUGAAUGCUGUUAUCCUCAUUACUGUCCUCUCAUGUGCCAACAGCGGUAUGUAUGUAAGCUCGCGUAUGCUCUGUGCUUUAUCCAAAGAGGGUCUCGCACAUCCUAAAUUUGGAUACAUCAAUAAACGUGGUGUCCCUGUUUGGUCAUUGACACUCACUGGAAUUAUUGGUCUUGUUACGUUUGCCACUUCCUUCAUUCCUGGUAAGGCAUUGUUCGUUGUUCUCACUGAUCUCUCUGGUGUUGCUGGCUUUGUUACCUGGGCUGGUAUCUGUCUCGCUCACUACCGGUUCCGUAAAGCACUUAAAUACCAUGGCCGAUCCGUCGCUCAACUGCCAAUCAAAGCACCAUUUCAUCCCUUUGGUGAUAUCUUUGGUAUGGUUGCAUGUGUCGUCAUUUCUCUGAUGGCUGGCUAUUCUUACUUUGUACCUGCUGAUCCAGUGGGUUUGAUCGGUAACUAUGGUGGCCUCGUUGUAGUUGUUAUUCUGUUUGUUGUUCUCAAGCUUUAUACCAAAUCAAAACUGAUUCCUAUUGCUGAAAUUGAUAUUGAUUCUGGUAGAGCCGAGUACGAAACAUUCAAUAAGGAUGAAGAAGAGGUCAUUCAAGGACCCUGGUGGAAGCGUGCCUUGAAGCAAAUUGUUCACAUCGUCACUUAG